CCAACGUACAACUCAUGUAGGAUUGCGCCUUGAUCGCGUCUCGUUUGAAGCAACCUUCAGCAUACGAUAUGGCUGCUGCUUCAUGAUUAGAAGUAAUGGGGGAUGAAAAUACACCCGUGAAGCUAUCUUUGCCUCUUGCUUUUCAACAGCAGAUUUUCCACGAGCUCAGAGAAGAAGAUGAGCUGCUCAUUCUGGCGAGAGGGUUAGGGCUCUUGCGAAUCGUGACGAAUCUCCUUCAUGCCUUUGACGCUGCCGGUAACAACCUCAUAAUCGUCGUCGGCGCAGACGAGCGCGAAUCCGAAUGGAUAGGUGAGGCACUGGCAGAAAAAGCGACAGUUACGGGUUCGCGAAAAUGCCGUGGUCUUCAGACCAUCAACACCGACACUGUGACGCCAACGAGCCGAGAAAGUCUGUAUAAAAAUACGGGAAUAUUCUGCAUAACGUCUCGGAUCCUGAUCGUCGACUUGCUCUCCGGAUUGCUUGAUGGCUCCAAGGUAACAGGCAUGAUCAUUCUACAUGCUGAAAAGGUCACGGCAACAUCUGUGGAAGCGUUCAUCAUUCGUGAGUUUCGACAGAAGAAUAGAGAUGGCUUCCUCAAAGCCUUUUCGGACGCCCCAGAGGCCUUUGUCAGCGGCUUUUCGCCUUUGGCAAACACUUUGCGUAACCUUUUUCUCCGCAAACCUUCGCUAUAUCCACGAUUCCAAGCAGACGUGACGAGCUCGUUAGAUGGGAAAAAAAGAGCAGAAGUCAUCGAACUGGAGGUCAGCAUGACCGAAAGUAUGCGGGUCAUACAAAAUGCCAUCUUGGAAUGCAUAGAGGCCAGUAUAAGCGAGCUGAGGAAGCUAAACAGCGGUCUUGAGAUGGAUGACUGGAAUUUGGAUAGCGCAUUGCAGCGCAACUUUUAUCAAAUCAUCAUGAGGCAACUGGAUCCUGUGUGGCAUCGAACCAGUCCGAGAAGCAAACAGAUCGUCAAUGAUCUGCGAACUCUUAGGGAUAUUCUGCACUUUGUCCUGACCUAUGAUUGUGUUAGCUUUCUCAAGUACCUCGACACUGUUCUGGCGAAUGCUCAAGCUGAGGAUGGCAAACGACGAGAAAACCCAAGUCCGUGGCUUCUGCUCGACGCUGCACACACCAUGUUUCAGACUGCCAAGCAACGCGUGUAUAAGGGUGACUUAACAGAUCGAACCCCUACUACAAAUGGCCGAUCCUCCCCUCGACGAAAUCUUGUCCAACCAGUGUUGGAAGAACUGCCGAAAUGGGAAAUGUUGGCGGAAAUCUUGGACGAAAUUGAGAGAGAUUAUUACUACAAUCCAGUACCUCGAGAUGAUUCAAGCGGUGCCAUUCUCGUCAUGUGUGGAGAUUUGCAAACCGCUGGUCAAAUCAAAGAAUACAUGCAGUCCAUGCAUAUCAGACCCGAAGGAAAAGAAGGGGAAGAAGAUGAUAAUGAUAGUGACAAAGCUGUCGAAUCCGAGGCCAAGGGUUCGGCGUCAUUCAUGUUGCGACGAAAGCUACGAAAUUAUAUCAAUUGGAAACGCAACUUUUCUAGAAUCGCGGCUUCGUUUCAAGCGGAACAUGAGAGCAGUACUAACGACGCUGCAGACUCCAAAGCACAGUCGCUUCGGGGCAGAGCGCCAGCGAACAAGAGGCGUCGUGUUCGCGGGGCGUCAAAUGCAGCCACGUCGAUCGGCCGCACUGAUUUCGCUGUUAGAACUGCUGGAGACCGUGAUGCGCAUAUGGCUCAACUCUUAAAUGAGUUGCAAGUUACUGCCGUUGAGGCUCAGCAGAAAGACGAGAUUACAAAUGACCCCCUUGAGGAGAUGGAGGACUAUUAUGAACUUUAUGAUCUAGACAACUUGCUUGUGGUGCAUCCGUACGAUGGUGAUAUGGACGAGCAUGUACUUGAAGAAGUUCGGCCUCGAUACAUUAUCAUGUACGAGCCAGACGCCGCCUUCAUCCGACACGUUGAAGUUUACCGCAGCUCGCAUACGGAUAGGAAUGUGCGUGUUUAUUUCAUGUAUUACGGAGGCUCCGUCGAGGAGCAGCGAUAUCUUAGCACGGUUCGCCGGGAAAAGGAUGCGUUCACUCGUCUUAUCAAAGAGAGAGCCACAAUGGCACUAACUUUAGACCAAGCGCCCAAAAAUCCGGAGGAGCAAUUCUUGAGGACGAUCAACACCCGAAUCGCCGGUGGUGGGCGCAUAGCAGCAACUGCCGUUCAACCACGCAUCGUUGCAGACAUGAGAGAAUUUCGUUCAGAGCUACCUGGGCUUUUGCACGCCAAAGAUAUGGAAGUCAUUCCUGCUCAACUCACCGUUGGCGACUACAUAUUAUCACCGACCAUUGCCGUUGAGCGGAAAUCUGUCAGCGAUCUCAUUGGAUCAUUCAAGAGCGGACGUCUCUACAACCAGGUCGAAACAAUGCUAGAACAUUAUAAGAACCCAAUGCUCCUAAUUGAGUUCGGCGACGUAAAGAGCUUUACAUUAGAACCAUUUGCUGAUCUCACCAACUCUGCAGCAGCAGCCGCAAUGGCCGCGCCUGAUCUACAGUCGAAGAUUGUUAUGCUUACUCUGCAUUUUCCACGCUUACGUAUUAUCUGGUCGAGCUCACCAUAUCAAACCGUACAGAUCUUUGAGGAAUUGAAAAAGCAACAGGAAGAGCCAGAUCCGUACAAAGCAGUCAUGAUUGGACUAGAGGAAGGCGAGGACCCUGAAACUGGGAGAACGUUCAAUCAGGAUCCGAUGGACAUGCUGAGAGCUGUACCCGGCGUUACAGAGAAAAACAUUGUUAGGCUGAGUUUGGAAGUUAGAAACAUACAAGAGCUGGCAAACGCUGAAGAUGGAGAACUGGACCAAUUGGUGGGGAGGGAUGCCGGAAGACAGAUCUGGAGAUUUUUUAAUAGGGAGCUCAUGGAUGAUUAAUGUAUCAUGUCAAAGGGCAGCAAUUCUGCUCAAAUGACUUGAGCAGACUAGAUACCGCCGACUUUACCGAUGCGUCAAGAUAUUUAGAGACGCAUAGCGCACACCGGAAGAACCUUUGACCGGCGACGUAUUUUGGUCGUCAUUCGACCACUCUUCCGAACAUGAUAUCAAUGUCUAAACCCUAAGAAGGAGUAAGCGGUACGAAAAAAGACGACGACUCGGAGUAUUUUUAGCCUAAUCACAGGACAAAAAAUAGCCAGCUCAGAAGCAGCAGACACGUACUCGUCAUAUAAAACACUACAAGUCUC